AUGGUGAACGGGGUGGUGGUAGCGCGGGCGUUACUGCUACCAAGGCUCAAGUGCCCGCUGUACAAAGAAGAGGACCCGGGUUGGAGCCUCAGCCCCUACACAAAUGCUGAGUAUGGCAGCAUGCCUAUAACCCCAGCACUGAAUAGGGACAAGGGCUCCUCCUUUCUUAAAAAUCUCUUUAACACAAAUGCCCAGAUGAACUAUAAAUUCUCCAAAGAGGGCGCCAAAUCGUCCAAGUCCUGGCCUGAAGCCAGGUGCCCCAUGAGCGCCUGGUACGCAGGCGCAGCAUGGGCAUUGGCCCGCCCCCUACUCUUAUUGGCUCCUUCGUACGGAGAGGCAGGGUCGCGCUGCAGCGGUCUGCGCAGGCGCAGAGCACUUAGGGCCGGAAGUAGAGGCGUCCGGCGCUGUUUCGGAGUGGCUCCCGUGUCCCCUGAGGAUAUUUGCUUCUCAUUUCAGAUGAAGAGUAUGAGUGUAGGGGACCCACGGACCUUCCCCUUCAUCGAGCCCCCUCCGCCCGCCAGCCUGGAAACUGCUAUCCUGUAUCUCCGUGACCAGGGGGCCCUGGACAGCUCGGAGGCCCUCACCCCCAUCGGGUCUCUGCUGGCCCAGCUGCCUGUAGAUGUUGUGAUUGGGAAGAUGCUGAUCCUGGGCUCCAUGUUCAGCCUGGCAGAGCCUGUGCUGACCAUCGCUGCUGCCCUCAGCGUCCAGUCACCAUUCACCCGGAGUGCCCAGAGCAACCUGGACUGCGCCACUGCCCGGCGGCCCCUGGAAAGUGACCAGGGCGACCCCUUCACGCUCUUCAAUGUCUUCAACGCCUGGGUGCAGGUGAAGUCUGAGCGGAGCGGGAACUCUCGCAAGUGGUGCCGUCGCCGGGGUGUGGAGGAGCACCGGCUGUACGAGAUGGCCAACCUGCGGCGCCAGUUCAAGGAGCUGUUGGAGGAUCACGGGUUGCUGAGCGGGGCCCGGGUAGCAGCCCCCGCCGACAGCUACAGCCGUCUGCAGCAGCGCCGGGAGCGCCGGGCCCUGCACCAGCUGAAGCGGCAGCACGAGGAGGGCGGGGGCCGCAGGCGCAAGGUGCUGCGGCUGCAGGAGGAUGGCUGCUCCAGCGAGGAGGACCACGAGGGCCCCGCCUCCCAGCGGGCUGACAGCGUUGACAUCCAGGAUGUGAAGUUCAAGCUUCGGCACAACCUGGAUCAGCUGCAGGCGGCAGCCAGCUCAGCCCAGGACCUGACCCGCGACCAGCUGGCCCUACUCAAGCUGGUGCUGGGGCGGGGCCUCUACCCGCAGCUGGCUGUGCCCGAUGCAUUCAACAGUGGCCGCAAGGACUCGGACCAGAUUUUCCACACCCAGGCCAAGCAGGGCACCGUGCUGCACCCCACCUGUGUCUUCGCCAACAGCCCUGAAGUAUUGCACACACAGGAGCAGGAGGCGGCCGGCGGUGAAGGGAGGAGCCAAGAUGGCAAGGACCAAAUGAGCUGCAAGCACCAGCUGCUGGCCUUCGUCUCCCUGCUGGAGACCAACAAACCAUACCUGGUGAACUGCGUCCGCAUCCCGGCCCUCCAGUCCCUCCUGCUGUUCAGCCGGUCCAUUGACACCAAUGGUGACUGCUCCCGCCUGGUAGCUGACAGUUGGCUGGAGCUGCAGCUCACAGAUAGUGAGAGUGCCGUCCGGCUCCUGGCCACAUCCCUGCGGCUCCGUGCCCGCUGGGAAAGUGCCUUGGACCGGCAGCUGGCUCACCAGGCCCGGCGACAGAGGCUGGAGCAGGAGGAAGAGGUGGAGUCUCCAGCAGUCGGCCCCCAGGAGGUGGCCGCCCUGAGCCGGGAGCUGCUGCAGUUCAUGGCGGCCAAGGUCCCCUACAGCCUCAAACGGCUCACUGGCCUAGAAGCCCAGAACCUCUAUGUGGGACCGCAGACCAUCACAGCUGCCCCUCGUCUGCCCGGCCUCUUUGGAAACUCUACCCUCUCUCCCCACCCCACCAAGGGGGGCUACGCGGUCUCCGAUUUUCUCACCUACAACUGUCUCACGAGCGACACCGACCUGUACAGUGACUGCCUGCGCGCCUUCUGGACCUGCCCGCACUGUGGCCUGCACAUGCCGUUCACACCCCUGGAGCGCAUCACUCAUGAGAACACCUGCCCCGAGGCGCCGAGGGAUGAUGGUCCAGGGUCCGAGGAGGCUGCUCCUACACCACCACCGAAGGCCGCCUCGGCGCUGCAGAGGCCCUACCACUGCCAGGUGUGCGGGGAGGACUUCCUCUUCACUCCCACCGAGGUGCUAAGACACCGAAGGCAGCACCAGUGAUGCAGUGCUCCAGGGAGCACCCCAGGUGGGGCACAGUGGGGCGUCCCUGUGAAUAAAGCAGACUUUGCACCUGAA